AUGAAGACACUAACCAGUAAACUUAGUAGGGUGGGCAACUGCCGCCUCCCUGGAUGGGGACCCGGGGACUUAAAUCACCAGUGGCCAGGCUCAGAACCACCGGCGAUGGGCGAUUCAUCCGAGCUACUGGAGGGAUGGCGGAACAUCAAUUUAUACCGAUUGCCCUCCGAAGCCAUUGAUAGACCACAACAGAUGUGGGCGAAAUGUCUGCCCGUCGAACGUCAAACGCGGUAUGCAAUGCCACGCCUGCAAAGCUUGGUGGCAUUUCAAAUGCACGGGUUUACAGGACGACCAGAUAAGCUGACUAGCCAACUCUCCUGA